UUUUUUUUUGUGGCUAGAGGCUAAUCCACUCUAAUGCCCAGAGCAUUUUCAGACCUGAGGCUCCAGCUCAGCGGUGGCUUGCCUGGGAAGAAAUGAGUCACAGCUGUUAUUCAGAGCUGGAUUUUUUUUAAAAAAUUAAGAGCAAGGGAGCAGUUGCUGGGAGCUGGCGGAGGACUCCAAACCUUGAGGUAUAUCAAGUAACUGCCUGCCGCAUGGAAGGAAUUUGCAUCCUACAAGAUCCACCCAUCUAAAAAUCCCAGGCAUUACAUCAUCAGCAGUGUCGCAAGGCCUCCUGGAGGCCUGCCUGCCUUAUGGAGAGGCGUUGGGGGUGGACAGUGUCUUCAGAAACCCAGGGUGGCACAGAUCCAGUGAGACGGAGAGGAAAGCCUCCCUAGGGGAGGAGGCCUCUGGGCUGAGCCGUGACAUCCAGGUCAGCUCGAUGAACACAAGUAUCUGAUUCUGCCCUAAGGGACAGUGACAGCCACCAAGAAGGUGCCCCCUUUCAAAGGUCUCAGCAUCCUCACGCUACCUCCUGCCGCCACUUCCACCUGGGCCCCCCACAGCCGCAGCAGCUAGCCCCGGACUUCCCGCUGGCCCACCCCGUGCAGUCGCAGCCGGGCCUCAGCGCCCACAUGGCCCCGGCCCACCAGCACAGUGGCACGCUGCACCAGUCGCUGACCCCGCUGCCCACCCUGCAGUUCCAGGACGUCACAGGUCCCUCCUUCCUACCUCAGGCCCUGCACCAGCAAUACCUGCUGCAGCAGCAGCUCCUGGAAGCUCAGCACCGCAGGCUCGUCUCGCAUCCCAGGCGGAAUCAGGAUCGAGUGUCUGUCCACCCCCACCGCCUUCACCCCAGCUUCGACUUUGGCCACCAACUGCAGACACCUCAGCCCCGGUAUCUGGCUGAGGGCACUGACUGGGAUCUCAGUGUGGACGCCGGCUUGAGUCCUGCCCAGUUCCAGGUGCGGCCCAUCCCUCAGCACUAUCAGCAUUACUUGGCAACUCCUCGAAUGCACCACUUCCCGAGAAACUCCUCGUCCACACAGAUGGUUGUCCAUGAAAUUCGAAACUACCCUUACCCCCAGCUUCACUUCCUCGCCCUCCAGGGACUAAAUCCUAGCCGGCACACCUCUGCUGUUCGGGAGAGCUAUGAGGAGCUGCUGCAGCUGGAGGACAGGCUGGGAAACGUGACCCGAGGCGCUGUACAGAACACCAUUGAGAGAUUCACCUUCCCCCACAAGUAUAAGAAGCGAAGACCCCAGGACAGCAAGGGCAAGAAAGAUGAAGGGGAAGAGUCAGACACAGAUGAGAAAUGCACAAUUUGUCUGUCUAUGUUGGAGGAUGGGGAAGAUGUGAGACGCCUACCUUGUAUGCAUCUCUUCCACCAACUGUGUGUGGACCAGUGGCUCGCCAUGAGCAAGAAAUGCCCCAUCUGCCGAGUGGACAUUGAGACACAGCUAGGAGCCGACAGCUGAGGGAGGAGCUAGCCAGUGGACACCCCGUUUCCUUCACCAGGUCCCCCCCCCACGGCCAUAGCCCUUGCAGCCAAACUUUGCCUUCUGAGCCAUUUGACGUAGAGAAGAAGCCUGCAAGCACAUUUUUUUUUUCUUUUUGGUGGAAAGAGGAGUUGGUAGCGGUGUCUGAGGGAGAGGAGGGGUAGGGUGGGAAGACCCACCCAUCAGGAAUGGUGACUGCCUCAUCGCCUUGCUGUGCAGCUGGGAGGGAGCUGGCCGUGCCUAGAGCAGGGGCGGGAAGGGGGCGCCCCAGCUGCUGAGGACUGGAUGUUAUCUCGAGGGUACUAGCUGGUGAUCGGCCCCUCAAUCCUGACCUUUGAGGGAUUGUGUAUAUACCUCUUGACCACGUAGAAACCAUGUAGGGGUCUCUAGCUAUUCUGUGGAUGGCAGCCAGAGCAUGUUAGCUUAAGAAAAAUGUCGUGUGUGGUGCUCUCGUCAUCUGUGGUGGACAUGUCGCUAUUACUGAACUCGCACCAAAUAUUUCUCAUUGAGUUUCUUGUUUUGGUGCCUGACCGAACCAACCAACCAACCAACCAACCAACCAACCAACGACAGCCCCAAUCUUCCCAUCUUUAUGAGCGAAAAGAAAAAAAAAGAAAAAGGAAAAAAAAAAAAAGAAAAAUCAAAGGUGAAAAACAAACAAACAAACAAACAAGCCAAAUUCUGUUUACGGUGAAAAAAGUUGAUAAUUUUUCACCCAGGUUGGGAGGGGGGAAUCCUCGUUUGUUGUUUUGUUUUUUUUUCCCCCUUGGGCUUUGUUUUUCUCAUGUUUACAGUGCACGGAGUGUAAGAGGGGAUGGGCUUAAAAGGAGCAGACUGGGUCUCACUGGGUUUCUGAGGCUUUCAGGCAAGGUGAGGAGGGCAGAACCCCAGCCAGUGAGGGGGUUCCCCACCUUGCAGUGGGCUCCUCAGUCCUCAGGCCCAUGGCUUAGCCCCAGUAGCUUUCCUAGGUUCCACACUGAACCAGGGAGGACAAUGCCUCCAGCUACAGCCUACCCUCUAGCCCCACCCCACCCCAAGAGCGUGUUCCUGGGAGCCAGCAGCCCCUGCUCACUCCAGUUCCUAACCUUCUAUCCUGAGCUCUCAUCUUGCCACAAAGAGGCAAUGUAGCCACUGCCUCCCUAUGCAAAAAUAUUAACCAGAUGAAUCAGACGGCACAGCAUCGGCAGUGUAGACUUGGCCUCGGCUAAAGUGCUCUCAGUUAGCAUUGGGCAUCAGGGCAAGUCCACAACCUUGCGAGCAACUUGAGCUUCCUCCAGGAUCCUGCUUGAUUAGACCCUCAGAGAUAGCCAUUGUUUCGAGACUCCUUGGCUGGGCUGGGAGGCCCUUGCCCCUAGCCUCAUGAUCCUCUGAUUCUUCUGUGAUCUUGGGAAAUUCCUUUUCUUUCUCUGUGCCUCAGUUUCCGUCUCCUUCCAGUGGGGAGAAAGAACCGUGUGUCCCCAUGCCCCCCCCCCCCGCCCCACAUCACCUAGAUCUGAGAGUUAACACCCUCCAGCCCUGAUGUGCUUUCGGUUCUCUCAGGGGAGUCUCUGAGGGUUUAGUGAGAAAGGAGACGGAAAGUCCCAAGUGACACAGUAUUAGUGUAUGCUUUCUGUACCGCUCCGAGAGAUGGGAGGACAGAGUUCUGGAGGUGGGGGAAAUCUGCCAAAUUCUAACUCGAGUGUAGCUCUUAGUUGUGUGCAGAAAAUACCAGGUCUCCUGGCAUUCUUUAACUGUCCUUUGCCCCUUACUCUUCUCAACCCACCUCCUCUCUUCCCUCCUCCCCCUCCCCUCCUCCCUCCACUUCUUCUCCCCCACCUCAUUUGCACUGCUCUCGGAAACCUCAACCCGUAGCCAGUCUUAGUGUCCUCGUAUGCUCAGAGCAGGAAAUGGUAUGCUGAUCAGAUAAAAGGAGAAAUUCCACGAAGUUAAACAAGCCCAGGAUAAGUUUUGGAGUCGUGACCAAAAAAAAUGACAGUGGCCAAUUGGACUUGAGAGAGAUCCUUCCAGGACAACCAUCGUGAAGGAAUGGCUGCCUGCCUCAUCCCAGGCCCCGUCUUCUGGUGUGUCCUUCAAUCUCUGUGGACUGCCUAUUGGGGUAGGGGGGCAGCAGGUGUUGAGGAAGGUGAUCACUCAGGCGAUGUCUCGGCCUGGCGGAACUCUGAGGAGUGGAGGAACAGCACACAGUGCUUAUGGUGAAGGUCAGGCGUGCUGAGUGUGGCCUCAGUCAACUCUGGUCGCCAUCGAGAACACGGUCUCCAGUACAAAGGCUGGCCCAGGAAAGAAAGUCAGGGUGUUAGAAAGCUGCCGACCAAAAGCCACAAGAACUUGUGACUUCUUUCCUGCUGCUCCUCUGAUGGCUGUGUCCAAGCCGUGAUGUCCUCUGAAGAUGGCUGUGGCUCAGAGGUCAUUGGGGGUGGUCUAGGUGGGUCACUCCUCUCUGAGGCCACUCUGUUCUUUCCUUUGAGGCUCUCCUGAAAGGCUGGUAGGAAAAGAGAUUGGCAGGGACCCAGGAGGGAACUGGAACCAGUGUCCCAGAUUCUAGUCCUGGCUCUUCACUGGCAAACUGGGAGAUGCUGGAAAUCCCCAACCCCAUCCCAAUGGCUUGCUGGGCCUCAGCGUCCUCAGCUGUGACACAGGGAAGUUGAUUGGAUGCUCCCUAAAUUUCUCCCAAAACACAUCCAGUGAUUCUUCCUAACAUCAACACAUCCUUCACCUCUGUAGAGUUGCCCUCAGCCAGCCUUGCCGCUGAGAGGUCUCCUGUGCGCACAUACAUACACCUGCUUCCGAGGCCCUGGCACACAGGCCGAGUGAGAGGGCAGGGCGGGUUCGGCUUGCUUCCUUUUUGUUCAGGCUCUUUGAACGCUCCAGGCUAACAUUAGGACCUGGGCAGGGUAGGGGUUGAUCCUUCACCCCCCUCCCCUUUCCACGUACUUGGAGUCCUUGUGCCCUGGAGCAGCUCCCAUUUCCAGGCCGAGGGUGGGAGGGCUGCCGAUUGGGUGGAGAAAAGCCAGUGCCUCUGCCCAGUCCUCCGACUGGUCAGGAAGCCAGGAAGGAGCGGCGAUGAGGCAGGUCCAGGCCUCAGCAUCUCACAUCCACCAUAUCCAGGAGAGAGACAUGCGCAGUUCUCCUGCUCAACUCAAGGGACUCAGACCCUUUUCUGACUGAGACGCAUGAGUGCCUUUGACAAGUUGGGCCUCCUAACCGCAGCCACGGCGCAGCAGGUCCACCUCGGACACCAAUCAACGCCACGCCACGAAUCCAGCUGGGCACAGGCAGAGGGCAGCUGGGGCUGCACGUUGUUCCUCCACCUGCCAAGGACCCCAGUCUCCCCGGUCACCCUCGCCACCACCUGUGACAGGCCUCAAGCUCCUCUCCCGCAAAGGCCCCCAGCCUCCGUGCAAGCAUUCUUAAACUCUUUACGCCUAACGAACAAGCACAGUUUUUUCAACGGUGAAGAAAAAGCACCAGACUUGUUUUCCUGAAGAAAUCCCCCAAGCCCCAACCCCGCCUGUGGGACAAACAUUCCCCGCGUGGGGCUGUAGCAACGUCUGUCAGGUCCCCCUUGUGUUUCAUCUCCUGCGCGCGCGUAGAGCAAAUGCUAGAGCGAUUUCAGCUGAUAGAAAAACAAAAAAGAAAAAAAAAACACAAAAAAAUUAAAAAAAAACAUGGCACGUUGCUAGUUUACAGGGUUUUGUGAGUUUAAAUGCCUUAUAUUUAACAAUCAUAAUUUAUGACUAACUUGUAGAUAUCGUGGGUUCUUAUUUAAUUAUUUUUAUAGUUGUUUUGCAUUUUUAAUUAUAAUUUAUUUAUUUAGAAAGGAUACUAAUGUUUUUUAUUGCUCCUAUUACCUCAUUUUGGCGUCGUUUCUGGGAGUGGAAUGCUUUGCAUGCGUUGGUACGAUGACAACUGCGAAACAAACAAACAAACAAACAAACCAUUUUAAAUAAAAGUCUGCGAACUUUAUUUUGUCCAAACUAUCAGGGUGUGUGAUUGCAAGCUGUCCUACUGUGGUGCUGGCCUCUUUGGAUACAUUCCAUACGAAAUGCAAACCUUUGAUUCUGUAUGCUGUGAUCUAGUGACAAGCUCCAAUAUAGUGAGUGUAUUUAGCACAUAUAUAAAUAUUAUUUGCACUCGUCAGCAGACUGGGGUAAUCCUUUCACUUGUCACUCGUGCCCCCUCCCCCAGGCCUCUUUCCCCACCUCAAGUCUGCUCUCUGUCUUCCCUCCCCUCCCUACAUUCCUAAGCCCUCUCAUCCCUCUAUCCCGAGGACAGUUACUAAGCUAUACUUGGGAUCCCACUCAGAAGGUUUCAGAACUGGGGUCCUUCAGACACAAUGAAUAUGCUCAUCUGAAAGAGAGGCUGUUUUAUUAGGUGGGGCCCAGAAGGCCCGCUCUGAUCAAGGGUAAGUCAGUCCCUGGACCCCCUGAGUCAGUCCUCAGCUCCGAGAGAGGGAGUCUAGAAGGGUGAUCUCUUGGUUCACCCUGAUUAAGAAAGAAUAUGUCACCGUCCCAGGUGAGACCACACAGGUGGGUCUCUCUCUCUCUCUCUCUCUUCUCUCUCUCUCUCCUCUCUCUCUCUCUCCUCUCUCUCUCCUCUCUCUCUCUCUCUCCUCUCUCUCUCUCCUCUCUCUCUCUCUCUCCUCUCUCUCUCUCCUCUCUCUCUCCUCUCUCUCUCCUCUCUCUCUCCUCUCUCUCUCCUCUCUCUCUCCUCUCUCUCUCCUCUCUCUCCUCUCUCUCUCCUCUCUCUCUCCUCUCUCUCUCUCUCCUCUCUCCUCUCUCUCUCCUCUCUCUCUCUCCUCUCUCCUCUCUCUCUCCUCUCUCUCUCUCUCUCUCUCUCUCUCUCUCUCUCUCUCUCUCGGGAGAGAUGAAAAGGGAAAGGGUGAAAGGAAGACAAGGAGAGGAAUGGGGAACAUGGGGAACAGAGAGAGUCAGUUAGGAAUCACCUUAGAGGUCUGCUCAUAGCAGCGGCCCACAGAGUCCUCUCUAUACAACAUCCUGCAGAUGCAAAGACUAGCUAGAUAUGUCCUUGGGUUUGCAACAUGGACUCUCUCAAGGUUAGGUGGUCAGUCCUAGAGAAGGAGCGGAUGGCAUAGAAGACCCAGACCAUGGUGUGGGGAUUUCUCCCACCCCUAAUCUUGUCUGGAGCCUUUGUGGUUAGGAUACCAGUCAUUGACAAGAACUUGGGGAGCAGCAGAAUUAUAUCCUGCUUUCUCCCCAGCACCCCCUCCCCUUUGCCUAUGUUUCACGGAGGCUGCAGACAGAGAGGGCCUGCUGUGGACUUAGAGGGCUCUGAGUCCAGUUUCAUUAGCUGUGUGAGCAACGGCAAGGGACCUUAAGGAAGUGGACCCUGGAUUAAGCCCGGAACACUGGCAUGCUGACCUUCCUCUCUCCUUCUCCUCCUAACUCAGCCCUCCUCCUCCUCCUAACUCAACCCUCCUCCUUCUCGGCUCUUGACAUCACUGCCUUUGCCUGGUGGGUAGCUCCACCUUCCACGGGAAGCCCCAUGGGUUUGCAUAGCUCUGGCACGGAGGAGAGAAACCCAAGAGCUGGGGUUGCCACACCACCUACCCGUGUGGCUAGACCACGUGUGACCCCUCAGCUCCAUCCCCGGGACGGGGUGUCUUGCUUGCUGCUGCCCAGCUUCUCUUCUGCCUCUACCCUGGAGCCUUGCUUUUCUUGGAGAUGGCCUGUGGAGUCACCCACCACGCCGGUGGAGCACAAUUACCACACUGCCAGGCCUGGCAGACACUGCCUCCCGCAGAGCUCCUCGCGGGCUCGCUGUGCUGUUGUGUGGGGCCAGAGUAGGACAGGCCCUAUGCUCCGGCUGGCAAUGCCCCGCUCCUGAGCCUCCCCACCCUGUGGGGUGAGCUUUAUUCCCCUCAGCUGUGGUGAGGGCUGCACCAGGUCCUCCGAGGGGGCUGUUUGUUGCCCCUGGUAAGUGAAAGGAUUACCUUCAGUGUUGAUUGUCCUUUUUUUGUAAUCCUCCUGCCGUUCUGUUCUGUUGUGUGCUGUGCAACAUUUUGCUACAUAGACUAUUUUAUAGCAGAAAGCUAGAAAAAUAUUUAUUAUGACUACUAAAGCAAUAGUGUAUCAAUGAAUGGGCGGAGACAUUAGGAAUUGUGUAAAUGCUUAGAUUCACUUUGGGUGGAUUUUUUUGUACUUUAUUUAUAACUAAUAAAAAUGAUCUGCAUUGCUAACUACA